GGACCAUCCUGGACCAUCCUGGAUCAUCCUACAGGCCAAGCAGAUGAGCUGCAGCAUCCGACUAUCCGAUUCGAAGGAGCAUAUGUGCGGGUUCUGAGAUUGACUAUCUACUUAUGUCCGCUCGUUAAAGCUGUGUGCGGAGCUUCUCCAACAGCAAGCGGAAAUGACGGCCAGCGAGGAGGCAUCCUCCCCCGCCACGCGCGCGAGGAAGAUCCGAAAGGUGACCCGCGCCUGCGAUGCCUGCAAGGCCAAAAAGAAGGCUUGUACGGGAAAUAUCCCCUGUGGUCCCUGCUCCCGCCGUCACUUGGCGUGCACCUACGACUCCGCCUACAAUCGGGGUGUGGCGCUCAGCCCUCCUCCCUCAUCAUCGCGUCCCAAGAACCAUCGCCCUCUGCGGGAGCACGGCAGCUCACGCAGCAAUCCAGAUCAGGCUCCAGGUGUGAUCCAGCCCCUGCAGUCUCCCUCUGUCCUUCGCUCCGUUACCGAGCAUUCCCAGCCAGGCCUGCAGAGCAGCCCUGCAUCGGGGCCAGGUACACUCCCCGAGACUUCUAUCCUCGAUGCAUCUGUUCGACGAGGCUCAGUAGACGGGACCGGUCAGUACUGGGGUCCGAGCUCAGCACAUUCAUUUCUGGGCAGGGUCGUGGAGGACUUGCAUGCCAGUCCCUCCAAGACUAUUGCCCCGGCACAGGAUCUCGAUGCCUCAGCAACCGUUUCCAUCUUCUCCUACGGUGAUCGUGUAGUUCCCGAGGUUCAGUUAUCAGAUUUUGUCUGGCCAAGCCAGGCCAAAGCCAAAAGCUUGAUCCGCCGAUAUUUCGAGUUUGCAGCACCAACAUAUCGCGUGCUUCAUCAACCUACGCUUCACACCCUGGUCCAGCGCUUGUACCAGGAGAAUUCAGAGGGCAACCGGAUCGGCAGCCAGCUCGAUGUAGCAUCCCAAGCCGUCUUGCUCUUACUCUUGAGUACUGCAGCCAUGUUCCGCGUUGAUGAGGACGGUCGAAUGAGAGAUGCCGACGAGGAUGGCUGGCGCAACAGCGAGCUUUACUACACGCAGGCAGAGCAUCUGCUGUCGCUCGAGACGGGUGCCCCUACUCUAGCCUCGGUGCAAGCUCGUUUUUUGAUGGUGCUUUAUCUGCUGAGCUCCUCUCGAGCCCAGAAGGCGUGGUUCGUGUUUGGCACAACAGUCCAGCUGAUGAUGGCCCUUGGGUUGCACAAUCGAUGGGCGAGGAGGCACCAUGAGGAAGAGGAGGAUCUGGUGAAGCAGGAGUGUCAACGGCGCCUUGUAUGGUGCUCUUACACUCUGGACAAGUAUCUCAGUGUGAUCCUUGGUCGACCGCGACUGUGGCAUGAUGAAGACUUGGACGAAGAUCUUCCCACGCGCGUCAAUGACGAAGACCUAACAACGCGGGAAAGGAGGCUGUCGAGACAUGACUGUGUGAUGGAUGCGCCAGUCUUUCAUGCGACUUUGGCACAAAUUCUCACCCAGGCGGCCAAGGAACCUUACGUUCUCUCGGGCCUCUCCGAUCGGACGGAGGUUGAGAUUAUUCGAGGCCUGUGUGGCAAGGUCGCGAAAUGGCAAGCGGAACUGCCUCCUUUUCUCUCAGGGAUCAUCCAACCCAGUACUUUGGUUCCGGUGUUUCGGCGCCAGUUGACAGUUCUGCAGCUGGCUCGUCAUCAUGCAUUGAUGUUCAUCACGCGGCCUCUCCUAUUAUUGGAUUAUGGGCAAAUGUGGCCUGAACACCGAAGCAGUUACCGAUACCAUCUGCAUCUUUGUCUUACCGCAGCGCGAGAAGCCAUAGAAUUGAUACUUAGCUUCGUGCGUGAGGAUGAAUUGUUCCCAGCAUUUUGGUACUCACAGUAUAUUGCAUUCAAUGCUUUAUCAAUCAUCUAUCUAUACCUGAUCCAGGUCAGACGCAACCGUCUGCCUUCUGCUGGUCUCGACUGUGUCCGGAGCCCGGAACACACUUUGCAUGCAGAUUUGGAUGAACCCACGCUCUACAGACUGUCCGAGACGGCAGUGACACACCUCGCCGACGCAACAGCUCGCAACGCCCCUUCUUGGAAAUACAGUGUCAUCUUGCAGGGUUUGCGACACGAGCUGGCCCGCCUCGUCUCCCCAAUAGACACUGGCGACGCUCAACCUACCGAGCCGAAUGAGCUAUCUCAUCCAGUUUCCGAACGGAGCCCUCGUUUGACCGAACACAGAGGUGAGAUGGGUCGCCGUGAGCAGCAGGCAGAAGGCACCGCGGUGAGGGAUUAUGACCCUGACCCUAAUAUGUUGCCGACUAUAUUCUCUGGACUGGACCCCGCUAUUGAUCCAGGGCUGCUCGAUCCCAGGACACAGUCCCUCUUGGACACUUUCAUCAUGGGCGAAAACGUGGUGCUCGAUUUCUGGCCACAGCUAGAAAGCCUGCCUAUCUCAUACCCCGGCUGA